UCUUUUCAGAUGGAAAAGAAGGACAGAACAGAGGCUCUGCUUUCUCUUUACGUUUCUGGCUGCAGUUUAUCAUUUCAUUUUUAUGAUUUCACUCAACGACCGCUGGCGUCCUGCAGGAGGUAAACCUUUUAACCUUUGUCUUUCAGACGGGAAGGAGGGUAAAAACAAAGACACCGCUGCCGCCUCUUCGUCGUCAUCCUCCUCCUCAGCCAAGCCUAAAGUGAAGAGCAGCAGCAGCAUUGCAGGCAUCGCCCUCUGUUGGCAGGGAGUGGUACAGCGACAGGUGAAGAAGUUUUUGGAGUCAAGCUGCAGUCUGCCGGACUUUGUGGAGCGUUACCGGACUCUGUACCUGCGGCUGAAGAACGCCAUGGAGGAGCUGUUCGGACAGCAGACCGCCUUUGUCCUCGCCCUCCGACACGGCUUCUCUGCUGCCCUGCUGCAGCUCUCCAUCCUCAAGACCAUGCACGUGAGUGAGCGCUUCGCUCAGUACAUCGACCAGAUGAUCCAGACGAGCGGAGCGGCGUCCAGCAGCGUGGAGACUCUGGAGCGGCUGCAGCAGUUUCUGGAGCCGAUGCUCUUCCUAUCGGGCCUGGAGCUUGCCAACACCUUCGAACACUUUUACAGGUACUACCUGGGUGACCGGCUGCUGGCUCAGGGUAACGUGUGGUUGGAGAGCGCUGUCAUCGAUCAGAUUGGCAGCUGCUUCCCGAGUCGCUUCCCUCAGCAGAUGUUGAAGAACCUGAGUGAGUCCGCUGAGCUGCAGCAAGAGUUCCACCUGUACCGCCUGCAGCAGCUGGACCGAUGCCUGCAAGAGCACGACCAGAUGAUGGAGGAGGAAUGGGUGGAGUCAGAGGAGGAGGCGGAGGUUCAGGUUCUGGUUCUGUCUCCACGCUGCUGGCCCGUGUCCUCACUCUGCUUCCUGGACGAACCCACAAAACAUUUUCCAUCUGAACUCUGCUCCUACCUGAACCAGUUCACCCAGUUCUACACCCACAGUCAGUACCAGUUCACCCAGUUCUACACCCACAGUCAUCUGAUGUCGGCACCGCGGCGGUUCGAGGACGGCGUUCUGGACGCGGUCCUGUUCUCGAUGGGUCGGACGAUGACGCAGGAAGAAGUUCGUCAGCUGAUGCAGAGAACAGUCCAACAGAACCAAAAGGCGGUGUCAUAA